CGGCCGGCUGCUGCUCGGGAGAUGGAGCCGCCGCUCCGCUCCUCGUAAGUGGAGCCGGGAUUUGAUCUCAGGCCUCUGGCCUCCAAGCCUGAUACGGUGACCGUUCUCCCAUCCUGCCUGGCUUAUGAGAGAAAAGAAAGAUAAGGAGCUCCUUUAACCCGCCCGCUGGAGCUGGGGGUCAAGUGCAGGUUCUCUUGAUCCCCAGGUGACCUCUGCUUCCUCCUCUGUGAAGGAUGAAACAGCUGUCCCUGCCCGGCCCCAGCCCUGCCAUCCCCGGAAGUGGGAAUAUCAGCGGUCUGAGGGUGUGGAGAUGAGCUGGGGAGCCAGCUAAGGAAGUCGUUGACAAGCAUCUAGCAGUACCAGUGUUUGCAAGAGGACCUGCCGCUCUGCCCUCGGGGCAUGCGGUCCAGAUGCAGCUGGGAGGGAGGGGACCUGCAGUCAUCACCUGCUGGGCACCGAGUGGGGGAUGUGAGCUCCACCCACCUUUGGAGCAAACUGGGAGUGUCUGAGGGGGUGUCCUGUCUACUGCACCACACUGUCUUGCGCCCACACAGAUGGCAGACACCUACCACAAGCAGGAGGAGGACGGACCAGCUCACCCAUGAUAUCAGCCUGGAGGAGUUUGAGGAUGAAGACCUCUCAGAGAUCACGGAUGAGUGUGGCAUCAGUCUGCAGUGCAAAGACACCCUGUCCUUACGGCCCCCGCGUGCCGGGCUGCUGUCGGGGGGCGGCGGCUGCGCGGGGAGCCGGCUGCAGGCCGAGAUGCUGCAGAUGGACCUGAUCGACGCGGCGGGGGACACUCCCGGCGCCGAGGACGACGAGGAGGAGGACGAGGAGGAGCGCGCGGCGCGGCGUCCGGGAGCGGGGCCGCCCGAAGCCGAGCCUCGCCAGGAGCCGGCGCCCCGCAGCCAGGGCCAGGGCCAGGGCGGCGGGGACACGUACCGACCCAAGCGGCCCACCACGCUCAACCUCUUCCCACAGGUGCCGCGGUCUCAGGACACGCUGAAUAAUAAUUCUCUGGGCAAGAAGCACAGUUGGCAGGAUCGGGUGUCUCGGUCAUCCUCACCCCUGAAGACAGGGGAGCAGACACCUGCACACGAACACAUCUGCCUGAGCGAUGAGCUGCCACCCCAGAGCAGCCCCGCUCCCACUACAGACCGAGGCACCUCCACCGACAGCCCUUGCCGCCGCAGUGCUGCCACCCAGAUGGCGCCUCCCAGUGUCCCUCAGGCUGCUCCACCUGGUGGUCGGGGCCACUCGCAUCGAGACCGCAUCCACUACCAGGCAGAUGUGAGGCUGGAGGCCACUGAGGAGAUCUACCUGACACCAGUGCAGAGGCCCCCAGACCCUGCAGAGCCCACCUCUGCCUUCCUGCCGCCAGCUGAGAGCCGGAUGUCGGUCAGCUCCGAUCCAGACCCUGCUGCCUACCCCUCAACAGCAGGGCGGCCGCACCCCUCCAUCAGCGAGGAGGAUGAGGGCUUCGACUGCUUGUCCUCCCCGGAGCGGGCUGAGCCACUAGGUGGAGGGUGGCGGGGGAGCCUGGGGGAGCCGCCGCCGCCUCCACGGGCCUCUCUGAGCUCGGACACCAGCGCGCUGUCCUACGACUCGGUCAAGUACACGCUGGUGGUGGAUGAGCACGCACAGCUGGAGCUGGUGAGCCUGCGGCCGUGCUUCGGAGACUACAGUGACGAGAGUGACUCGGCCACUGUCUAUGACAACUGCGCCUCUGCCUCCUCGCCCUACGAGUCGGCCAUUGGGGAAGAAUAUGAGGAGGCGCCCCGGCCGAGGCCCUCUGCCUGCCUCUCCGAGGACUCCACACCCGACGAGCCCGACGUCCACUUCUCCAAGAAGUUCCUGAACGUCUUCAUGAGUGGCCGCUCUCGCUCCUCCAGUGCGGAAUCCUUUGGGCUCUUCUCCUGUGUCAUCAACGGGGAGGAGCAGGAGCAGACCCAUCGGGCCAUCUUCAGGUUUGUGCCUCGACAUGAAGAUGAACUUGAGCUGGAAGUGGACGACCCCCUGCUGGUGGAGCUACAGGCUGAGGACUACUGGUACGAGGCCUACAAUAUGCGCACGGGGGCCCGGGGCAUCUUUCCUGCCUACUACGCCAUCGAGGUCACCAAGGAGCCUGAACAGAUGGCAGCCCUGACCAAAAACAGCGACUGGGUGGACCAGUUUCGGGUGAAGUUCCUGGGCUCUGUCCAGGUUCCCUACCACAAGGGCAAUGACGUCCUCUGUGCCGCUAUGCAAAAGAUCGCCACCACCCGCCGGCUCACCGUGCACUUUAACCCACCCUCCAGCUGCAUCCUAGAGAUCAGCGUGAGGGGUGUGAAGAUAGGCGUCAAGGCUGAUGACUCCCAGGAGGCCAAGGGGAAUAAAUGUAGCCACUUUUUCCAGUUAAAAAACAUCUCUUUCUGUGGAUACCAUCCGAAGAACAACAAGUACUUCGGGUUUAUCACUAAGCACCCUGCUGACCACCGUCUUGCCUGCCACGUCUUUGUGUCUGAAGAAUCUACCAAAGUCUUGGCGGAAUCCGUGGGGAGAGCGUUCCAGCAGUUCUACAAGCAGUUUGUGGAGUACACCUGCCCCACAGAAGACAUCUACCUGGAGUAGCAGCGCUGCCUGCCCUCUGCCUCCCCGGGCCCGCAGGCCAGGGCCAGGACAGCUGGCUGCUGACAGGACGUGGCACUGCUUGAGGAGGGGCACCCGCCACCACCAGAGGGUGGGGAAGUGGAGGCCAUCGGCCGAGGGUGGGAGGGUGGGGCUUAUGGGGAGAGGCAAAUGCAGUUUAUUGUAAUAUAAGGGGUUAGAUUCAUCUAUGGAGGACAGAGCAGGCUGCCCGGGGAUUGGGUGGGGGCAGGGCUGGUCAGGCCUGUGGCCAGGAAGGAUGCCCAUCCAGGAGCGGAGGGUUCUGUCCCAUCCUGGGCCACACUUCCCCUGCCAGGGCCUCUGGCUCUCUUCUGCCUUGAUGAAGCCCAUGCCACCUGCAAGUGCCCAACCUGCCCCCAAUUCCCAACCCCAACCAAAGGCCCUGAGCUCAGGCUGAGACCAGCUCCUCCUAAGGACUUUCCAGUAAGGGAACAGCAGCAGGUGAAGGUGCAUCCCUGUCCCCAGCUGUCACUUGUGUGGCCUCUGGCUGGCUCCACCUCCAACCUCGCUGGCAUGCUGGCCCCCGCAGUUGUGGGGCCCCUCAAGGAAGGAGAGAGCUGCACAGGGCCCCACCCUGGCAGGAAAAGGCGGCUCCCCACUGGCCCGGGCCAGCCCGGCCUCUUGGCUGCUUUGGCUGUAGCCCCAUCUUGGUCCUGUCACCCUGGCCACAACUAUUAAAGUGCCAUUUCCUGUCUGGACUGCAGUGGGUGUAUCUACGUGGACCCUUCCCAUGCUCAGCUCAUUCCCAUCCCAGGAAAGCCCGAGGCUUUACUGCACAGAAUAGCUUUAUAAGUGAUUCCCAUCACCGGCGUGUGUCGAAGUAAUACUCAGCCAUGUCUGGUCCGUCCCGCUUGCGCUGCUGGGCCCGGGAGAGGAGGGGUCGAGGCCCUCGUCGCCUUGGGUGCUUGGGUUGGAUCCCAUAGUCUAAGAGAGACAAGAGGCUAUGCGUGGAGGGAGACUCUGGUUUUGAAUCUGCUGAAGUCGCCCCUGAAAGGUGCUGUUUGAGAUAAGACGACCCUGAGGCUGGACCUGGAUGCCCUCCCCUAGCGCAUGUCUCCUCAGGGGAGGGGAGGCAGGGCAGGGGAGGGAUGCGGGAUCCUACCAUCCAACAGGUCAGACAGUGGCUGUGAGAGUUCCAAGGGGGCUGAAAAUUGCUCGGGAACGGAUCGCUGAGGCCUGUGGGAGAUGGUGGGGUGCUCAACGCUGGCCCCAAAGGCCACUAUCACCUCCCCGUGAAGCAGGGAGUGGUCCAGGAUGACACCAGCCUCUCCUCCUCUGCCAUGCUGCCCCCCACCUUCCAGGCCCCAGGCCCUGCUGAGCCCUGGCUCUGUGUUCCUGGGAGUUACCUCAGCGGCUGGGGGUGGAGGAGUGCAGCUGCCAGGAGGAGGGAGAGGAGGCAGAGGCUCAGCCCGGCCCUGGAGAACAGAGCCAUCUCCUGCGCAGGUCCGGAUCCCGGCUUCUGCUGCCCCUCCCCCAGCAGGACGGAACUGCUGCCAACUCCCAGGGCCACCUCACAAAGGACAUUAGUUCCAGGGCUGAGCGUCAGCACCAGCUCCUGACUAGGCCAGAAACCUCCACGCUGAGGUUUUUCGUUGGAUUUUACUAUCGAUGUAGGUCAGCAGGUGCCAAAUCACAUCUUGUUCUAGUGCCACUGCCCAAGGUGGGCACAGACCUUUGGAGUCAGCUCUCAGUUCAAGUCCCUACCUUGCCUCUUGCUAGGUAGACAGGUCACUAAUCUCUGUGGGCCUCAGGUUCCUCAUCUGUGAGGUAAGGCACAUACAUAAUGUCUCCAAGGUGUGGCACACAGUAGGCCAUCAGCAAAAGUCAGUCACUGAAUCCUCAUCCCCCGAGCCCCACCCAUUCCCAUUCAGCCUCCUGCGACCACCACCGGCCACCUCCAACGUCUCUCCCUCCAACAGCUCAGUCGUUCCAUGAAGGUCCUGCCGGCCGAAGAGCCCAGAGCGGUCACUCAGCUUGGCCAGCUCCAAGAUCCCACUGGGGGACGCAUUCUGAGGAACUUCCCACUUAGCUCCCCAUAGGGUUGAACAGCCUGGCUCAGGGCCUCCACAGGCCCUGCCAUCACCCCAGAGCCUGGGCAGAGGGCAAGUUUGUGGGCAAAGGCUGGGACCUGAUCCUCAAGUAUGUUUCCAGAGGGACUAUGGGAUCCCCAGUACUUGACAUCUAGUGGGUGCUCAAUAAAGAUUUGUUGAGUGAAUAAAUGCAA